GGGGACGGCCCACUGGACUGGGGCGGGCUGGCGGACAAGGCGGGGCAGUGAUGAGAUGGGGAUGUCAACAGAGGAGCAGACCGCCCGCGUAAGGUAGUGGAAAUGCCAGCGAGGCCAGACAGCUCCAAAGGGGUCACUUUUCGAAUCGCAAAGCAACAUCUCCGUCCCAAGCAACCGUUCUUCUUGCAAACACCUUUACACCACCAAAGUCGCGACACCAGUUCACAGUUGCGCGCCGGCUACCCUCUAGAUUCCAGGCCCAUUCCUUUCUGACAAGCUCCGGCUCCGUGAACAUCCUCGGCAUUUUCCCAAACACUCCGCAAAUUCGCCCCUCCUUCAAGCCGACAAUACCCCUCGACCGCCACGCACGUUCGAGAUGGCCGCCCCGGGAGACCAGCGCAUAGCUGUUCCUAUCGACGACCCUAACGCCGACACAGAAUGGAACGAUAUCCUUCGCAAGCAUGGUGUCAUCCCCGAGAAGCCCCCUAGCCCGACGCCUAUGAUUCAGGAAGCUAUCGAGGAGGCGCGCCGACUUGCACACGAGAACAGGCUUGAAGGCAAGGACCUGGACGAGCUUGACGAACUAGAAGACGAGGAGGACGAAGAGUUCCUGGAGAUUUACCGCCAGCAGAGGAUGAAGGAGCUCAGCGCACUGCAAAAGAAGUCGGUACACGGCAGCGUCUACCCCUUAUCUAAGCCCGAAUACUCCCGCGAAGUCACCGAUGCGUCACAGAAUGGACCAGUGUUUGUCCUCCUUACCUCCUCCUUGGGCACCAACGUCGAGUCGAGAGUUCUGUCAGAGCUCUGGCGCCAGGCAGCAAGGGAGUACGGCGAUAUCAAGUUCUGCGAAAUGAGAGCGUCGCAAGCUAUCGAAAACUACCCUGAGCGCAACUGUCCUACGAUUUUGGUCUAUAACAAGGGGGAUAUUGUCAAACAGGUUGUGACACUCAUGACAAUGCAUGGUGUCAAGACCAACAUGUUGGACAUCGAUAAGCUACUCGUCGAUGUUGGGGCGAUCCCUGACAAUGACAUGCGGGUUGCCAAGAGAAGGAGGGAGGCUCAGGAUGCAGAGGAGGAGAAGCUCUUUAGCAAGAACAUCAGAAGCACCUCUGACCACAAGGAAGAGGACGACGAUGACUGGGACUAAGCCGGGCGCGACACAAUACGCCAUAUUUCCUUGUAUCAUCACGGCCGUCCGAGCGAGGAGAUACGAUACCAUUUCGAGGUUGAACUCAGCGUGCCCGACUCGGGAGAAAAGCCACACGAAAAGAAUCAGGGGCCUCCAAAUGUACGCCGGUGCCACAUGACGCCGCGUACCAGUUACGAUUCACUGGACAUAAUAAUCACUAGACGUUUUAAUCGGAGCGGAUGCUCCAAUGCCAAAGUCCCCAACGUUGCAAAUAAUUCGAGAUGGUCGAUGCCAGACCUUAUACUCAGACUUUAACCAUGUAGCAGGAGUUCAUCAAACUUGAUUCGAGGCAGUAACCCGAGGAGGCUCGACAGCUAGUUUUGACUUCUCUCAAAUUGGCCCUCCUCUCUUUUCAUAGGCAGGUUCGUCAAAGGUGUCGAGCUGACAU